AUGAUGACCAUCUCUUUGAUUUGGGGGCUUGCUGUGGUGUGCGGCAUAUGGGUUAUCUUUGGCAUAAGGAGAAGGAAAGCAGGUGAACCUCCUCUGGAGAACGGGUUGAUCCCGUACCUGGGCUGCGCUCUGAAAUUUGGGUCCAAUCCUCUCGAGUUCCUGAGAGCAAAUCAAAGGAAACAUGGCCAUGUUUUUACCUGCAAACUAAUGGGGAGAUACGUCCACUUCGUCACCAACUCCUCGUCAUACCCUAAGGUGUUAAGUCAUGGAAAAUACUUUGAUUGGAAAAAAUUCCAUUACACGACUUCUGCAAAGGCAUUUGGACACAGAAGCAUUGACCCAAGUGAUGGAAAUACCACGGAAAACAUAAACAACACUUUUGCCAAAACCCUCCAGGGAGACGCUUUGCACUCACUCUCUGAAGUCAUGAUGCAAAACCUCCAAUUGAUCUUGAGGCCUCCUGGCCUUCCUAAAUCAGAGAGUGCUGUCUGGGUCACCGAAGGGAUGUACGCCUUCUGCUAUCGAGUGAUGUUUGAAGCCGGAUAUCUAACUCUGUUUGGCAGAGAUACUUCAAAGCCAGACGCACAAAGAGCUCUUAUUCUCAACAACCUUGACAACUUCAAGCAAUUUGACCAAGUCUUUCCUGCGCUGGUGGCAGGCCUCCCUAUUCACUUGUUCAGGAUGGCACAUAAGGCCCGGGAAAAACUGGCUGAGGGCUUGAAGCAUAAGAACCUCUCUAAGAGGGAACAGGUCUCUGAACUGAUCAGUCUGCGCAUGUUUCUCAAUGACACUCUCUCCACCUUUGACGACGCAGAGAAGGCCAAGACGCACCUCGCUAUCCUCUGGGCAUCUCAAGCAAACACCAUUCCUGCAACCUUCUGGAGCCUGUUUCAGAUGAUCAGGAGUCCUGAAGCUUUGAAAGCAGCCUCUGAAGAAGUGAACGGAGCAUUGCAGAGUGCUGGUCAAAAUCCCAGCUGUGAAGGGAAUGGUAUUUAUUUGGAUCAAAUGCAGCUGAACGACCUGCCGGUCCUAGAUAGCAUCAUCAAAGAGGCUCUGAGACUGUCUAGUGCGUCCUUGAAUAUCCGGACUGCUAAGGAGGAUUUCACUCUACACCUGGAAGACGGUUCCUAUAAUAUCCGAAAAGAUGACAUCAUAGCUCUUUACCCUCAGCUAAUGCAUUUGGAUCCUGAGAUCUACCCAGACCCUCUGACUUUUAAAUAUGACCGAUACCUUGAUGAGAACGGGAAGGCAAAGACCUCCUUCUACAGCAAUGGGAACAAACUGAAGUGUUUCUACAUGCCAUUUGGAUCUGGAGCUACAAUAUGCCCUGGGAGACUAUUUGCUGUCCAAGAGAUCAAGCAGUUUUUGAUUCUGAUGCUUUCGUGCUUUGAACUGGAACUUGUAGAGAGCCCUGUCCAGUGUCCGCCUCUUGAUCAGUCCAGGGCAGGCUUGGGAAUUCUGCCACCAUUACAUGAUAUUGAGUUUAAAUACAAACUGAAACAUUUGUGA